UUUUAUCUAAUUAAUUAUUAUAAAGAAAAACUCGGAUAUUUGCCACGUAGACAUAAUUAUAGUCAGAUUGGACCAUUUACCGGUCCACAUUAAAACCCCAACAGUUAGAGUACUCCUUUAUUCUCUAUUCCUUCUUUCUUUUUCCGUUUUUCUCCUAUUCUCUUUCCCUUUUAUUUUUUCCCUUUCUAUCCGCCAUUACUAAAACCUUACUUUUUCUUCCCCAUUUUGUCUCCCCAAUAUUAUUUGAUUUCCUCAUUCAAUCACCAUUAGUGAGAGAAAUCAAAGAAUUCCAAAUUCUAGAGAGAGAAUUCACUUUUUUCUUUCAUUUCUCUCCUGCUGAUUCAAAAAAUCUCCAUUUUUGUGCAGUGUAAGACCCUUUAAUGGCGUUUAUACUUUGAAACAUCAGUAAAAACCCAUUUGAAACCUGAAUUUUUCUUAAAAAAAUGGGUAUUUGUACUUCUAAACCACCAUUAGAAACGAAUAUUUCGGAUCCGAACCCAUCGGAAAAUCAAAUCCCAAACCCACGAAACUCCGGCGAAAAUCCGACGAAAAAAUCACCAUUUUUUGGGAUCUACAGUCCAAGUCCAGCUCACUACUUAUUUUCAAAGAAAUCACCGUUAUGGUCACCCGCAACGACAAAUGCGGGUUCAAAUUCAAAUUCAAAUUCAAAUUCAAAUACAAAUACUCCGAAACGUUUCUUUAAGCGCCCGUUUCCUCCACCAUCACCAGCUAAACAUAUAAGAGCAGUACUUGCUAGAAGACAAGGUACAGUAAAGCCUAAUAACAAUGGAAUUGGAGGUUCAAUUCCUGAAGGAAGUGAAAAUGGUGGUUCCAGUAAUGCGGGUCUGGAUAAAAGAUUCGGGUUUUCUAAACAUUUUGGAGAUAAAUAUGAAGUGGGUGAAGAAGUUGGUCGAGGACAUUUUGGGUAUACUAGGGUUGCUACGGCUAAGAAGGGUGAUUUGAAAGGCCAACAAGUCGCUGUCAAGAUCAUCCCUAAAGCCAAGAUGACCACAGCUAUUGCCAUUGAGGAUGUUAGAAGGGAGGUGAAAAUCUUAAAAGGUCUCGCUGGACAUGAAAAUCUCAUUAAGAUCUACGAUGCAUUUGAAGAUAAUGAUAAUGUUUACAUAGUGAUGGAGUUGUGUCGAGGAGGGGAGUUGUUGGAUCGAAUACUUUCAAGGGGUGGUAAAUACACAGAAGACGAUGCCAAGACCGUUUUGCUACAAAUUUUAAAUGUUGUCUCGUUCUGCCACCUGCAAGGUGUGGUACAUCGGGAUCUUAAACCGGAGAAUUUCCUUUUUAUGUCAAAGGAUGAAGAUUCGUUAUUGAAGGCCAUUGACUUUGGCUUGUCCGAUUUUGUUAAACCAGAUGAGAAGUUAAAUGAUAUAGUAGGCAGCGCAUAUUAUGUUGCACCUGAAGUUUUGCAUAGAUCGUAUACCACUGAAGCAGAUGUCUGGAGUGUGGGCGUAAUUGCUUAUAUUCUACUUUGCGGAAGCAGACCAUUUUGGGCUCGUACUGAAUCUGGUAUCUUUAGAUCUGUCCUAAAAGCUGAUCCAAGCUUUACAGAACCACCAUGGCCUUCUUUAUCCUUGGAAGCAAUAGACUUUGUCAAGCGAAUGCUAAACAAAGAUCCGAGGAAACGAAUAACUGCUGCUCAAGCUCUUUGUCAUCCCUGGAUUAGAAACCAUGGAGAAGUCAAAAUUCCUCUUGAUAUACUCAUCUUCAAACAACUUAAGAUUUAUAUGCGCUCAUCUUCCCUUCGCAAAGCUGCUUUGAGGGCUUUGUCAAAAACUUUGACUAUGGAUGAACGUUUUUACUUUAAGGAGCAAUUCGCCCUUCUGCAACCAAGCAAAAAUGGAACUAUAAGUUUGGAAAAUAUAAAAGAGGCCUUGAUGAAGAAUGCAACAGACGCCAUGAAGGAGUCUCGCGCUCAUGAAAUUUUAACCUCUUUAACUGCACUUCAGUAUAGAAGAAUGGAUUUCGAGGAAUUCUGUUCUGCUGCCUUAAGCGUCUAUCAACUUGAGGCUCUUGAAAAAUGGGGCCAGCAUUCUCGCUGUGCCUAUGAACUUUUUGAGAAAGAUGGUAACCGACCUAUCAUGAUCGAAGAGCUGGCUUCAGAACUUGGACUAGGACCCAACAUACCAGUUCAUGCUGUUCUUAAUGACUGGAUUCGGCAUACAGAUGGGAAGCUGAGCUUUCUUGGUUUUGUUAAACUGCUACAUGGAGUGUCUUCCAGGACUCUCAUCAAAGCUCAAUAAAAGUGUGCUUAGUGAUCAUGGUUUUGUGCCUGUUGGAAGUCUCAAGCAAGUAUUGUCAUGACUCGUGGCUGGCGCUCUCGGUCUUCAUACUUAUUUCCAGAUAUCACCAGAAAACGAGUCUUCAUCGUGUUGAAUGAGAGAAAACUAUGAGUGGUGGGAAAACUGUGUCGGUUUUAUUGGUUAGUUCCUUACGUAAAAUCAGGUUAAAUUGUUUCUGACCACAAAGAAAUGUAUCCAUCAGUCGUUUGAACUGAAGGGUAAAAAUGUGAUUCAAUUUUUCUCAAUAUAGUGUGUAGUUCUU